AUGAAGGUGUACAGCCGGCCGAUGACACAAGUUGCCAUGGUCGGCUUCGUGGCUUUUUGCUUGCCAGGUUUAUACAACACCAUCACGGGAAUGGGUGCAGCAGGUAUGGUUGAUCCAUCGGUUGCUGCCAAUGCCAACGUCGCGCUCUAUGUCGCGGGUAUCUUUAGUUCCCUGUUUAUUGCCCCGCUCACUUUCAAAUACCUUGGAAACUACUCCAUGUUUGUGGGUGGACUGACUUAUCCCUUGUAUAUGGGCUCGCUUUGGGCAUACGGUCACAUUCAAUCCAGAGGCUUCUGUAUUGCUGCUGGUGCACUAUUAGGUAUUGGUGCCCAAAUGUUCUGGAUUUGCCAAGGCUCUAUCAUGAUUUCCUAUCCUGUAGAGGCAGAAAAGGGAAAAGCCAUUGCCAUUUUUUGGGUCAUCUUCAAUCUUGGAGGAUUCCUGGGAAGUAUCAUUAGUUUCGGGAUCAAUUUCAACUCUACUGCUGGGAAAGUGAGCGACUCAACCUACAUCGCCUUCACUAUUUUAAUGAUUGUCGGUGCAUGCUUUGCUCUUCUCAUGCUACCUAGGCACAAGGUUGUACGAAAGGAUGGAAGUCGUGUUGCGAUUGUUCACAAGGACGAAAAAAACAUUUCUCUCAAAAGCUUGUUCGUGGACGCUCUCGCUAUUUUCAAAGCCGGAUUUGCCAACCCAAAAUUGCUUGCCUUGAUCCCAUUUUUCUAUUCCAGUAACUUUGUGUAUUCAUACCAGUUCGACGCAGUCAACGGAGCACUUUUCAAUGUGCGCACUAGAGGUUUGAACGGAGCUCUCUACUGGGGCAGUCAGAUGUUAGGGUCCGUCAUCUUUUCUCGUCUUUUGGAUUCGAAGAGACUUUCCCGCCGCACAAGAGCCAUUGCUGGUGUUUCUACUUUGUUUGUUUUCUUCAACAUUGUCUGGAUUGGUGCAUUGAUAUCUCAGUUACAGUAUGGAAUAUACAGCACUGGCCUUCCAGCUGAAGAUCGUUUGGAUUUAACCAGUGGACCUCACUAUGGUGGCGAGCUUGUCUUGUAUAUUUGCUUUGGUCUAGCUGAUAGCAUGUGGUAUGUAUACGCGUUGCAAACAUUUAUAUAUUGGGUCCUUGGAACACUUUCCAACGAACCUGCGACCUUGGGUGUGUAUACCGGCUUUUUCAAAGCUUUUCAAAACGCCGGCGCCGCAUCAGGCUGGAAGGUCGAUGCUUCUCAUGUUCCAUACCUCCACUUUUUGAUUGCCUGCUGGGUCCUCAUCUUCAUCUCUUUCCCUGGCGCCUACUGG